GGCCGGAUUUGAACCUAGGACCUCCCGUCUCUAGGCCUGGCUCUCAAUCCACUGAGCUACCCAGCUGCCCCUCAUCGAUAUUUAUCGAGUGCCCCCUAUGGGCCAAGCGCUGGGCUGAGACUGCUAGGAAUUCUAAAGAAGAGACUAAGGAAGUCCUCAAGGAUCUAACUGAGAGUCUAAGAGUCAGAGGGCCUGAAUUCAAAUGAUAGACAUGCUACUUUGUUUCUUCAUCCAACAAUGGAGAAGUUGGAUUGGGUGUUCCCAUCCAAAUAUUACGACGCCAUGAAGUGAGGGGGGCAAAGUGCGACCCAAAGACAGGGAGGAAAGGAAUGGCACUGUCGGCAAAGGUCAUUAACGAGGAAUCCCGGCAGCCUUCCUGAAGGAGAGGGACCCAAGCUGCAUCUCCAGGGAGAUUAGCAGGAGAAGGCAUCGAGCAGAUGGGGGCAGUACUGAGAUAGCAAAAGAGGGCCUAGCCCCGACCUGAAAACCUGCCCUACCUAGCUCGGCCUCCUGCUGCCAGCAGCCAAUGAAUGCCUAGAAUCGCGGGCUGCUUCCAUUGGAUGGAGCCUCAGACCACCUGAUUCACGACGACGAAUGGAAAAGUAACUUUGGGGUUUCCGGGGUCUCGCAGCCCCUACUUGGCGUGGAGCCCGCCUUCUCUCAGUACUUAUUGGACGCUGGGACAGAGGUCUGUCUUCCAUUGGCCUGCGUAGGAGAGAAGGGUGGAAUCAUUUCGUGCCGCUUCGCUGUGUCAGAGGCCCCGGCCCGGCCCGGCCCGGCCCGGAUUCUGGGUUGCCAUGGCGUCCUACUUUGAGGAGCACGACUGCGAGCCGGGGGUGCCCGAAGAGCAGUACCGACAGAAUGCGCUCCUGGAGUUGGCGCGGACACUUUUCAAUGGAAUGGACAUUGAGUUGGCAUCUGCUGACUUCACUGACUGGGACCACAGAUUGCCUCCUCCUGCUGCCAAGAGAGCUGUUCAGAAUCUGCCAAAAGCCAUCAUUACAGGGGCCCAGGCUGACAAAGGCCUGAAAUGCCCUGUUUGCCUUGUGGAGUUUGAAGAAGGACAGACAGCCCUAGAGAUGCCCUGCCAGCACCUCUUUCAUUCAGACUGCAUUCUGCCCUGGCUGGGCAAGACCAACUCCUGCCCACUGUGCAGAUGUGAACUGCCCACAGACAAUGAAGAAUAUGAAGAACAUAAGAAAGACAAAGCUCGAAAGCAGCAGCAGCAGCAUCGCCUUGAAUACCUCCAUGGAGCCAUGUAUACAUGACAGGCUUGCCUUCCCCCUCCCAACACUUUUCCUUCUGCCUCUCUCCAACUUCCUCCCAUUGUUCCAAGCUCUGCCCUCUUAGAGACCCCUCCUCCCCUUGCUCCCCUUGCCAAUCGAACACAACUCUCUCAGGGUUCCCCUGGGCCUCAGAUCUCCAAACAUCUCCAGUCCCUUUUCCUCCACCUUCAUGUGGUAUCUUCAAAGUCCUUGGCUGUCCUGGCUGCUCUCAGUGUCCUUCAUUGGAUCGCUGUUCUUCCUAAAACCAAGACAUUCUGGUUUCUUUAUUUCCAUUCUGAGGAAAAGUCCUUCGUGCAGCCAGACACUCAGUUCUUCAAAACAGAUGGCAAAACAUUCAAGAGUUAGACUUUUAAUAGAUAUAAAAAAGUACUAAAAUA